AACAAGAAGAUGGGUAUGAACAUGAAGUCGAUAACUCUAUCGUUCGUGUUAUUAUUAUACGUUUCUAUAGAAACAGUUCAAUCAAGUGAUGGAGUUUUUGACGUAACAACAUACGGUGCUAAGCCUAAUGCUGAUAUAACUCAGAUUCUAGAAAAGGCAUGGAAGGACGCUUGUGCUUCACCGAUUCAAAGUAAAUUAAUUAUUCCAAAAGAGACUUACACGUUAGGUGUAAUAACAAUGCUUGGUCCUUGCCAGAGUCCAAUUGAUAUUGUCGUGCAAGGAACAAUAAUGGCACCCGUAGAUAUAACAGGUGAUGGUUGGAUUCAGUUCAGAUAUGUCGACAAAAUUUCAUUAACAGGUGGCGGAGUAUUUGAUGGACAAGGACAAAAAGCUUGGGCAAGUAACGAUUGCCAUAAAAACCCCAAGUGUGCAAGAAUUCCAAUGAGUUUGAAGUUCAGCUUUGUAAAAGAUUCAAUUGUGAGGGACAUAACGUCAAAAGACAGCAAGAAUUUUCAUGUCAAUAUCCUAGGUUGUAAGAAUCUUACUUUCGACCACGUGACUAUAAAUGCACCGGGGAAUAGUAUUAAUAGUGAUGGAAUUCACAUGGGUCGUUGUGAUGAAGUUAAUAUCAUCAAUUCAGUUAUUGGUACUGGUGAUGAUUGUAUCUCACUCGGAGAUGGAAGCAGACAGGUAACAGUUACGAACGUGACGUGUGGACCUGGACACGGCAUAAGCGUAGGAAGUCUAGGACAAUAUCUCGUUGAAGAACCGGUUGCUGGGCUUUAUGUCAAGAAUUGUAAAUUAAUUGGUACAACAAAUGGCCUAAGGAUCAAAACAUGGCCGGCUUCUCCUGCUACUGGAUCGGUUACUGAUAUGCACUAUGAAGAUAUAACUUUGGUUGACGUCCAAAAUCCAAUUAUUGUGGAUCAAGAAUACUGUCCAUACAACAAAUGUAAUAGGAAGAUUCCGUCGAAAAUCAAGAUAAGUAAGGUGAGUUUCAAGAAUAUUAGAGGUAGUUCUGGUACUGCAGUUGCUGUGAAGCUUUUGUGUAGUGCUGCUUAUCCAUGUGAAGAUGUGCAGUUAUCUGACAUUGAUAUCACUUAUACUGGAAGUGACGGUCCAGUUGUAUCUGAAUGUUCGAAUGUGAAACCGGUUGUUACUGGGAUACAAAAACCUCUUAUUUGUCCUUCGUGAGCGUAAGCUAUUUCUACAAAAGAUGAUCGUUUGAGGAAGAGAUUUAAUUAUGUAGUUUUCUUUUACAUUCUAGAGAAUAAAUUUGGAGUGAACAAAGUGUUCUCCUUUUUUGUAUUUAUAAAUGAAGAGGAAUAAAGUUUUGAUUUUGUGUU